AUGGCACCUGGAGUCCAUGCAGCUGACGAAGGCCAUCACCAGCUUGGGGCCAACGUCACUCCACUGCCGUCCCAUGAGCGGGCACGGGCUAGCAUCUUCUUGCGGCACCAUAUCCACCCGGACCUGAAGAUGGAAUACCUAGAGGUGAAAGACCCUCUGACCCUGUGGACCAAGCUGAGAGAGCGCUUCGGACCACAAAGUGAAGUCCUCCUGCCGCAAGCUCAGAAUGAAUGGGCAAACCUCCGUCUUCUAGACUUUAAGUCUGUGGCAGGAUACAACACGGCUAUUCACCGCAUUGCCUCUCAACAACGCUUUUGUGGCCAGAUUGUCACUGAGGUGGAGAUGAUUGAGAAAACUCUUGCGACCUUCCACCCCACCAACAUGGUGCUCCAGCAGCAGUACCGCAACAAUAGGUACACGAAGUACAGUGACCUUGUCAACAUGUUGCUCAGUGCUAAAGCUCACAAUGAGCUCCUCAUGUCCAACUUCCAGCAGCUCCCUGUUGGCUCUGCAGCGGCGUUACUUGAAGUACACGCCAACUUCUCAAAUGAGAAGAAGAAGAAAGGGCAGACGCGCCUGUGGCGCGAUGGUUGA